GCGUGGCCAGGAAAUCCGACGUCCACCUGAAUCGUUCGUGGGCGUGGCUGACACUGGCAUGUCCCGCCUCCUGGCCGGUCUGCAGAUUCGCACACAAAUACAGUUGAGUGUUUCAUAAAAAUGCACUCAGAUGCGACAAAUUUUCAGCUGAACUCCCACUUGUCCACACUGGCCAGCAUCCACAAGAUCUACCACACACUGCACAAGCUGAACCUGACUGAGGACGUUGGGCCAGACACUCACUCCACAGCCUGCUGCUCCAAAGCCAUGCCCCCGAGGAAAAAGAGGAGGCCCACUGCAGGAGAUGACCUGUCUGCAAAGAAGAGUCGCCAGGACAACGUCUACAGAAGACAGGAGUCAUCACAUAUCCAGGAAGCUGAAGCGUUCUCCAGUAAGAGAUGUCUGGAGUGGUUUUAUGAAUAUGCAGGUUGUGAUGACGUGGUUGGACCAGAAGGCAUGGAGAAGUUCUGUGAAGAUAUUGGAGUGGAACCAGAGAAUGUGGUGAUGCUGGUACUGGCUUGGAAACUGAAUGCUCAGAGUAUGGGCUACUUCACCCUGCAGGAGUGGCUUAAAGGAAUGGGUUCACUGCAAUGUGAUUCAACUGAAAAACUCAGGAACUCUCUGGACUACCUGAGGUCCAUCCUCAACGAUGCCACGAGUUUUAAACUCAUUUACCGAUACGCCUUUGACUUCGCCCGGGAGAAGGAUCAGAGGAGUUUAGAUUUAAACACUGCCAAGUGCAUGCUGGGACUUCUACUGGGGAAAACCUGGCCACUAUUUCCUGUGUUUAACCAGUUUCUAGAGCAAUCCAAGUAUAAAGUAGUAAAUAAAGACCAGUGGUGCAAUGUUCUAGAGUUCAGUAGGACCAUUAACUUGGAUCUCAGCAACUAUGAUGAGGACGGGGCUUGGCCAGUUUUGUUGGAUGAGUUUGUGGAGUGGUACAAAGACCGGGAGAUGUCAUAGCAACAACCGUCAUUGCCUCUACCAUCACCAACAUCUAGAAACUAAUCAGCGACAGGCACCGUGGCAUCAGUGACAGAAAUGACUUAGAAAUGGUCCUUACAAACAAAACAAAUUAACUGGACCAGGUGGGGCAAACUGUAGGUAUCCUGCCAGUGAAUUUUGUGCGUGUGUGUGCGUGUGUGAGAGAGUGUGAGAGAGAAUAAGUGAAAGCGUUUCACAGUGUAACGUUCACAUGUUGCCCUUCUCAUAAGGGUUAUGUGUGAGCGUCAUCACUGAUGAUAAAUAGGUAAAACAGCACCUCAAGCCCUAAAUUCUUACCUGAUGUCCCGACCAACCUGCAAUGCAUCAUGGGAAAGCACAUAGCCAAGCUCAGUGCCGCUCCCUGCCACCCUACAGUACUGUGACAUGUCUAACUGUGAAUGUUUGAAAUAGGUGUUUAAGAUGGGUGAUCUGUGAUAUUCGACAUGGUAGGAUUUAACUCCUAAAUCCCUAAAUAGUUCCCUUUUUGUGCUAACUGAUUAAACAUUAUGGGGUCGUGUCAAAUACAGACUCGGAAGAAUCAAUAAUGAUUUUAAAAAGAAAAAAAAAAACGUAGCCAUUGCUGCUGAUGAUCAUCUGCCCAAACAUCAGAUGUUCUGACAGAACAUCUCACCUGUUACAUUACAUUAAAUCUUAAAAAGACUCACAUGUUACAGUGCAAAGUUUUACAAGAGAAAUAUUAAUAAGACAGCCUUUCUUUAAACAACCAGAUUAAUCACAGACGAGAGCAGGGUUUUAUUAACUGUGAACUAGUCAUAAAAAAAAAAGUCCUUACAGAACGUUUUCUAAAGCGCUUAUUGCCGUUUCAUUGUCCAGAUGAUCUUAAUCUGAUCAAUUACACGAGCUAAUUGUACAAAUUUAUCAUAUAAUGACAUAACACAUAACAGUCCCUGCCAUUAAGCUGUUUAUUUUCUCCUUAAAGGCUCAUUUGACCACUUUAAUUUAUCAUCAUUCUUCCUCGUUAAGUCCACAUCUUUAAAUAACACAUCAUUUAGCUCCGUGCUGUAAAAUCACAGACGUUGCCUGGCUUGGCUGUUGUUCUGCACAAAAAAUGCCAGAGGAGGUGACGGUUAAAUACUGACUUUUAUUUUCAUUUGUUAUCUUUCAAGUUACGAAUUUGUGGCCACCAUACAAACUUGCAGAUCGCUCUGUUAGAGACAGAUCUCUUCUGUCUUUCUGUUUUGUUUUUUGUUGUUGUUGUUAUUACAGUUAUAACAACAUCUGUAACAAAAAAAAAAGUGGAGGCUAAAAAUAUUUGUCCUUCAUUGGACCGAGUAAUGUAACAGGAUUUUGAUAUUAAAAAAAAAAAAAAAAGUUUGAUAUUUCUUGGGCAAUAUGCUAAAAAAUCUUCCAGUGUGCCAACAUUAAGAGAGGAUUAUUGCUAUGAAGUUGUUUUGCUUUUAUUUUUUAUUUUUCCCUCUAUUAAGAAAGCUUUGUUACGACGUUCGAGUGAGACAUUAAAAGCUUUUUAAAAGAAAUUUGCACACAAGUCUCCAGAUUGCCCUGGGUCACUACACUUCUAUAGAUGAUGUAAAAUGUUUAUAUCAGUCUCCUAUCAGAGCUGUAUGUGUCAUUGCCCCCUAAGUCUUUUUUUUUUUUUUUUUUACGCCCUUAUCGGUGCGCACUUAUACUUUUAUGCUCUCCACUUGGGUACUUGGACUCAGGCUGAUUUACGUUAAUGGAUCACCCACAGACACGGUUUGUUCUGCCUGCCUGUUGUUCCGAACAAGUGUUCCUUCAAUUCCCGUAUUACACAGAUAAAAUGGCAGGUUGAGGCCGUUUCUUGAAGUGGGAGAGACAUGUGACGGGGAAACAAGCUUCCACAACAAGACCGUAAAAGCCCAUAGUGACUGUUGCAUAGCAACCGUUUAACAUUCUAGUUACAUUUGUAAAAUGUUCAGUUUCGUCUCUGGCUGUGGUGUGAAGCUAACUGGUCAUCUGAGUGGACAAAUAAGUGCAUGCGUACUCCAUGCAGAGCUGUCUGAGUAUAAAUGAUUUUUUUUUUUUUUUUUUUUUUUUUUUUUUGUAAAUGUUACGGUUCUUUGUACAGGUAUUUGUGAAUUUAUUGUGCUGAAUUUUUUUUUUUUCCACAGCCAUGGAGUCAUUGUUUUAUGAAAAUCAUGAUUGUCAUGGUAUCUAACGCUUAAAUACACUUUCAACCUCAUUUGCUGAAACGUUUCUGUUUGCUUUUUUUAAACUUCACCAUUUUCACCCAGAAGCCAUUGCAGAACCUCAGUUUAUCCACAACUCAUGUUGAAUUUAAGCGCUUGCAAGAUUAACAUCAUGAAAAAAACUAGAGCGGCCAAUGUUUUGGUUUUUCUCAUAGAACUCACUAACAAAUACGAUGCAAAAACCAUAAAUUUUAAUAAAUAGGUUGUUAGAUGUAGUUAGAAUAUGUAGGAGCUACAUGGCAUGACUAGAGUUAGGUAAUUACAGUUAGAAAAUCAGACUGGAAAAUUGUGUAAAUCUGUAAUAAUGUAAAUGAAGUAUAUGACUGGGAUAGUUUUACCAUUAGAUGUGUUUCUUUUCAUGUAUUAAAACUCUAACCACUGAACAUAUAAUAUCUGAGCACCACUAAAAGAGUAACAACAUCUUUGGGUUCAUGAUUUUGCUUUCCAGUGAUUACCAACUGUGUGUAUGCUUUUACAGCGUUUACAAGAAUAGGUGAGCUGACAUGAAAGAAAUUCCAUAUGAAGCCCUGAAUUUUGGGCGAAGCAACAAUUUUGUAGCGGUGAAUCUUUCUGAAUUCGGUUAAUAUCAGUAUUUUGGAAACAAACGACUAUGACGUGCAAUCUGGAGAUCGUGUAACCGGACACUACAUUUGUUCCUGUGGCAGUGUUCGAUUAGCAGAUCUCUGUGUUAUGACUGUUUUGUUAGCAAUGUUGGCUAACGCAGGUAGGAUUGGCUGACUAUCUCAUCUGACUGUGUAUAUAUGUAAUGAGUGUGUAUAUGUGUCUGUUUUCACUGUAACCUAUCUCUACAUUCAGUAUAUAAAGAGGUUUGUUAACGAAUUGUGCCAUUUUAUCUUUCAUACAUUUUUUGUGAAAAAUCUUGCAUUUGUUUUUGCCAUAGCACCCCCUCCCAUGUGCUAGGUAUAUGCUGCUAUCUGAGACCCAAGCAUGUUUUUCUACUGUAAUAAUUCUGCAUAAUAUUAAGAUAAAAACCAUACAUUUCCCAGGUGUGCUUAGAGUUUAAUUUUGACUCACAUUGCCAUAGAUAUUUAUUCUUUGCAUACAUUCCUUGUACUUUUGUGAACAAUAUCCAAAAAUAAAAAGAAACAACUACAAAAGAUAAAUGGUUAAAUUAAUUUAUAAAAUUGUGACAGAUCCUUAGCGGUGAGUAUGCAUGUCUGAAUAUUUAGUGUAUCACUAGAAUUAAACGAAAGUUACUAAAAUAUCAACUUUGUCUGAAUUAGUGACAUUUCUAAAAUCAGUAUUCUGUUAUGAUCUACUUAAACACAUACAUUAAUGUAUAAAAUUAAAUCAAAAAGUCUUUUUUACAUAGUUAAAUAGUUUAGGAAAUAUUAAUAAGGUCCCCUCAAAGGUCGCCUUGAACCUCAUCAAUCCCAAAGCACAGAAAUAACUCGGAUCUGAGGGCUGAGAUAUUCCUGUCAGUUUCGGCAACAUCUACUUCCUCAAAGUUUCCAGUGUCUUUCCUCCCUUUAGACACUCUGGGUUCAGCGUCAUCCUCCAUUAUUAACUGAGAAGCUUGCUUAUUGAUCACUUUCCUGAGAGGUGAAAGACUCAGAGUUCAGACUGAACCCAUCCAUUGCUCUUCUCUUCUGCUGAAACAACAAUCUUCUCCGUUCCUGCUUUUGACGGGCCAGAGAGGUGUCUCUCAGAUACUCUCUGAUGUCGUCUUUUCCUGGAGAAGCUGCAGGUUCAUCAGGGCUGGAUUGGGAUCCAUCCUGAAGUGCAGACUCUGUUGUUGAUAAUGCUAUCCUACUGCUUGCUCCAUGUGUUUUUGCAUAUUUCAUGUCACUAGAUGAAGAAUUCGAACUUGUUUGUCCGAAAACCUCUUCUGCUUGAAUAAAUACUUGAUCUGGCAGCCUGUAAACAUCCGGGUUUGAUGUAUACGGUGAUCUCUUUAGCUCUGGAAGUUGGUGUAACCUACUAGUUUCUGUGGUAACUUUCAUUCCAGAUGCCUCAUCUUGUAGCUGUGAAAGGUCUCUAGCAGUUCCUGGUGUUACAGUUGUUGUAAACAUCCUUGAUUCUGUUGAUUCUGAGAGAGAAGGAGACGGGUAAGGAGUCUGGGUAAGAGGUUCAGACUCCCUGAACUGACGGUAUCUAAUUAGCCUUGGUUCUCCAUCUGUUUGGCCAAAGGACCCAGUUUUCUUUGUAGGAAGUUUGAACACAUCCUCAGAUGGCCGGUAAUGUUCUGACUGCGUGAUAUGAACAUUUCUUUUUACUUUUGCCAGGUGAAUAAAAGAUAAAUCUAAUGAUCCAAAUACAGUAUCUGCAGCAUUACUUGAUUUAUCAUUUGCUGCUGUUUUGUGUUGAUACUCAGAUUGUGUAAAGACAGGAGCAUUUGUGGUCAUUUUCUCAGAUGGAGAUUGUGACUGAUGUGAGGGAUAAGGUUCAGAGUGUGUAAACUGAAUGUAUCUGUUGAGUCUUGGUAGUGAAUUAAGAUUUGUUCCUAGUUGACCAAGGAAACUGUCUUCUGUUACAGGAGGUUUGACUUCAGCCCUGGAUAAAUCUGAUCCCCAUAAGUCUGUUUUCUUCAUGACAUUGUCUGUGACUCCAUGGGUGUUGGGUGGAGUUGAAUGUUGUGUGAACUGAAUGUAUCUCUUCACCUUGGGCAGUUCUCCAAUAUCCAUUUCAUUAUAAAAAGUGUCUUCAGUGUUUGACUUGCUAUUAGCAAGCGAAGAACUGGAUGUCAGUAAUUCUGGUUUUGUCAAAAAUGGUCUAGCUGUUUGUCUGUCUAAAGACAGUGAUGAAGGCUGAGUAGAACUCUGUGAGAACUGAAUGUAUCUUUUCACUUUUGGUAUCUCAGAAGAUGCACCAAUUGGUCUAGAGAAAUUGUGAUCACCAGUAGCUGGUUGCAUAUAAUCUUCAGAUGCUAAAUCCUUUAUUUCUGAGCUAGCAUGUAUUGAUUUUUCUGUCCUGUUGACUAAAGAGUGCAUCACUGGAGGUUGUAAGUGAGGUUCAGCUCGUGUGAACUGAAUGUAUCUUUUCACCUUUGGCAGUCCUUCAAAUGAUGAACCUGUUUGAUCAAAGAAAUCGACUCUCUUAAUGGUGGGACUUCCUUUAUCAGCAGAUCCUGUAGUCUGCAAUUUUGUUGAGAAUGCUGGACUGACAUGUUCAGUAAUCACAGAUGUUGAGGUAGACUGAGAUGAAGGUUGAGGUUCAGUCUGUGUGAACUGAAUGUAUCGUUUUACUUUUGGCAUUUCAUUAAAAGACGUGUCUGUUUGUCUGAAGAAAGGGUCUUCCUUCAUGACUGUACUUUGUUUUUUCUGGAAUGAAGAAUCAGGGAUACUAGACUCUGUUUUUGUUGCCAACACUGGUGUGACUAUUUCAGUUUUGAAAAAUGGUAAUUCAGACUGAUCUUUGAUGUUUACAGGAGGCCGGGUUCGAGGAUAAGCUGUGGAUUGUGAAAAUUGAAUAUAUUUCUUUACCUUGGGCACUUCAUCAAGGGAUACAAGUUGCCCAAAGAAGUUGUCUUGCUUUUUUGGAAGGAUGUCUUUGUCAGAUAAAGAACUGGAUCUAACAGGGUUGAUAUCAACCCUGGAUAAAUCUGAUCCCCAUAAGUCUGUUUUCUUCACUACAUUAUCUGUGGCUCCAUGGGUGUUUGAAGACUUUGGUGGAGUUGAAUGUUGUUGUGUGAACUGAAUAUAUCUCUUCACCUUGGGCAGUUCACUAACAUCCAUUUUCUUAAAGAAAGGGUCUUCAGAAGAACUGGACGUCAAUAAUUCUGGUUUUGUCAAAACUGGUCUAGCUGUUUGUCUGUCUAAAGCCAGUGAUGAAGGCUGUGAGAACUGAAUGUAUCUUCUCACUUUUGGUAUCUCAGAAGAUGCACCAAUUGGUCCAAAGAAAUUGUGUUGACCAACAGCUGGUUGCAUAUAAUCUUCAGAUGCUAAGUCCUUCAUCUUUUGUUCUGAACUAGCAUGUAUUGAUUUUUCUGUCCUGUUGGAUAAAGUGUGCAUCACUGGAGGUUGUAUGCGAGGUUCAGCUCGUGUGAACUGAAUGUAUCUUUUCACCUUUGGCAGUUCUUCAAAUGAUGAACCUGUUGGACCAAAGAAAUCGACUCUCUUAAUGGUGGGACUUAUUUUAUCCUCAGAUCUUGUAGACUGCAUUUUUGUCAAGAAUGUUGGUGUGACACAUUCUGUAGUUACAGAAAGUGUGGGUGCAGAUUGUGUGAAUUGAAUGUACCUCUUUACUUUUGGCACUCCAUGCAGAGAUGCAUCGAUUUGCACAAAGAAAUUAUCUCCAGCACUGUGAGGUUUAACAGUGACCAGAGUUGUUUUUAUUUCAUGUGUUAUUUGUUCUUCACUUAGCGGAUAUCUUUUCUUUGAGGGACGGUAUUGUGAUGAAGUUUGGUAAUAAGAUUCCGAUUGUGAGAACAGAAUGUGUCUCUUUACUUUUGGCACGUCAGCAAAUAAUAUAGGUGUUUGCCCAAAGAAGGUGCCUCCCUGAAUGGUUGGAGUGAUGUGCUCAUGCACUGUUUGAGGCUCAGGUGGCCUGAACUGGACAUAUUUCUGUACCUUUGGCAUUACCUGCAGAGAUAUACUUUGUCCUUCAUAGGAAAUACUGAUUGUGUCAGAUGGAGAUUCCGUUUUUGACACUACAACUGGUGUAGAAACUUUGGGUGUCAGGUCAUUUGAGAUUUGUGAUUCGGAUGGUAAAAACUGACCAUACUGUUUUACUUCAGGUACUUCAGCAAACUGGAUGUAUCGCUGUACCUUUGGCAUUGCUUGCAGUAAUAUACUUUGUCCUCCAUAGGAAAUACUGAUAGUGUCUGGUGGAGAUUCUGUUUUGGACACUACAACAGGAGUAGCCACUUUGGGUGUCAGGUCACUUGAGAUUUGUGAUUCGGAUGGUAAAAACUGACCAUAUUGUUUUACUUUAGGAACUUCAGAAAACUGGAUAUAUCGCUGUACCUUUGGCAUUGCUUGUAGUGAUAUACUUUGUCCUUCAUAGGAAAUACUGACUGUGUCAGAUGGAGAUUCUCUUUUGGACACUACAACAGGAGUAGCCACUUUGGGUGUCAGGUCACUUGAGAUUUGUGAUUCGGAUGGUAAAAACUGACCAUACUGUUUUACUUUAGGAACUUCAGAAAACUGGAUAUAUCUCUGUACCUUUGGCAUUGCUUGUAGUGAUAUACUUUGCCCUCCAUAGGAAAUACUGAUUGGGUCAGAUGGAGAUUCUGUUUUUGACACUACCACAGGAGUAGUCACUUUGGGUGUUGAAUCACUUGAGAUUUGUGAUUCGGAUGGUGAAAACUGACCAUACUGUUUUACUUCAGGUACUUCAGCAAACUGGAUGUAUCGCUGUACCUUUGGCAUUGCUUGCAGUAAUAUACUUUGUCCUCCAUAGGAAAUACUGAUAGUGUCUGGUGGAGAUUCUGUUUUGGACACUACAACAGGAGUAGCCACUUUGGGUGUCAGGUCACAUGAGAUUUGUGAUUCGGAUGGUAAAAACUGACCAUACUGUUUUACUUUAGGUACUUCAGCAAACUGGAUGUAUCGCUGUACCUUUGGCAUUGCUUGUAGUGAUAUACUUUGCCCUCCAUAGGAAAUACUGAUAGUGUCUGGUGGAGAUUCUGUUUUUGACACUACCACAGGAGUAGUCACUUUGGGUGUUGAAUCACUUGAGAUUUGUGAUCCGGAUGGUGAAAACUGACCAUACUGUUUUACUUUAGGUACUUCAGCAAACUGGAUGUAUCGCUGUACCUUUGGCAUUGCUUGCAGUAAUAUACUUUGUCCUCCAUAGGAAAUACUGAUAGUGUCUGGUGGAGAUUCUGUUUUGGACACUACAACAGGAGUAGCCACUUUGGGUGUCAGGUCACAUGAGAUUUGUGAUUCGGAUGGUAAAAACUGACCAUACUGUUUUACUUUAGGUACUUCAGCAAACUGGAUGUAUCGCUGUACCUUUGGCAUUGCUCGCAGUAAUAUACUUUGUCCUCCAUAGGAAAUACUGAUAGUGUCUGGUGGAGAUUCUGUUUUGGACACUACAACAGGAGUAGCCACUUUGGGUGUCAGGUCACAUGAGAUUUGUGAUUCGGAUGGUAAAAACUGACCAUACUGUUUUACUUUAGGUACUUCAGAAAACUGGAUAUAUCGCUGUACCUUUGGCAUUGCUUGUAGUGAUAUACUUUGUCCUUCAUAGGAAAUACUGACUGUGUCAGAUGGAGAUUCUCUUUUGGACACUACAACAGGAGUAGCCACUUUGGGUGUCAGGUCACUUGAGAUUUGUGAUUCGGAUGGUAAAAACUGACCAUACUGUUUUACUUUAGGAACUUCAGAAAACUGGAUAUAUCGCUGUACCUUUGGCAUUGCUUGUAGUGAUAUACUUUGUCCUUCAUAGGAAAUACUGAUUGUGUCAGAUGGAGAUUCUCUUUUAGACACUACAACAGGAGUAGUCACUUUGGGUAUUGAAUCACUUGAGAUUUGUGAUCUGGAUGGUGAAAACUGACCAUACUGUUUUACUUUAGGUACUUCAGCAAACUGGAUGUAUCGCUGUACCUUUGGCAUUGCUUGCAGUAAUAUACUUUGUCCUCCAUAGGAAAUACUGAUAGUGUCUGGUGGAGAUUCUGUUUUGGACACUACAACAGGAGUAGCCACUUUGGGUGUCAGGUCACUUGAGAUUUGUGAUUCGGAUGGUAAAAACUGACCAUACUGUUUUACUUUAGGUACUUCAGAAAACUGGAUAUAUCGCUGUACCUUUGGGAUUGCUUGUAGUGAUAUACUUUGUCCUUCAUAGGAAAUACUGACUGUGUCAGAUGGAGAUUCUCUUUUGGACACUACAACAGGAGUAGUCACUUUGGGUAUUGAAUCACUUGAGAUUUGUGAUUCGGAUGGUAAAAACUGACCAUACUGUUUUACUUUAGGUACUUCAGAAAACUGGAUAUAUCGCUGUACCUUUGGCAUUGCUUGUAGUGAUAUACUUUGUCCUUCAUAGGAAAUACUGACUGUGUCAGAUGGAGAUUCUCUUUUGGACACUACAACAGGAGUAGUCACUUUGGGUAUUGAAUCACUUGAGAUUUGUGAUUCGGAUGGUGAAAACUGACCAUACUGUUUUACUUUAGGUACUUCAGCAAACUGGAUGUAUCGCUGUACCUUUGGCAUUGCUUGCAGUAAUAUACUUUGUCCUCCAUAGGAAAUACUGAUAGUGUCUGGUGGAGAUUCUGUUUUGGACACUACAACAGGAGUAGCCACUUUGGGUGUCAGGUCACUUGAGAUUUGUGAUUCGGAUGGUAAAAACUGACCAUACUGUUUUACUUUAGGUACUUCAGAAAACUGGAUAUAUCGCUGUACCUUUGGGAUUGCUUGUAGUGAUAUACUUUGUCCUUCAUAGGAAAUACUGACUGUGUCAGAUGGAGAUUCUCUUUUGGACACUACAACAGGAGUAGUCACUUUGGGUAUUGAAUCACUUGAGGUUUGUGAUUCGGAUGGUAAAAACUGACCAUACUGUUUUACUUUAGGUACUUCAGAAAACUGGAUAUAUCGCUGUACCUUUGGCAUUGCUUGUAGUGAUAUACUUUGUCCUUCAUAGGAAAUACUGACUGUGUCAGAUGGAGAUUCUCUUUUGGACACUACAACAGGAGUAGUCACUUUGGGUGUUGAAUCACUUGAGAUUUGUGAUCCGGAUGGUGAAAACUGACCAUACUGUUUUACUUUAGGUACUUCAGCAAACUGGAUGUAUCGUUGUACCUUUGGCAUUGCUUGCAGUAAUAUACUUUGUCCUCCAUAGGAAAUACUGAUAGUGUCUGGUGGAGAUUCUGUUUUGGACACUAUAACAGGAAUAGUCACUUUGGGUAUUGAAUCACUUGAGAUUUGUGAUUUGGAUGGUGAAAACUGACCAUACUGUUUUACUUUAGGUACUUCAGCAAACUGGAUGUAUCGUUGUACCUUUGGCAUUGCUUGCAGUAAUAUACUUUGUCCUCCAUAGGAAAUACUGAUAGUGUCUGGUGGAGAUUCUGUUUUGGACACUACAACAGGAGUAGCCACUUUGGGUGUCAGGUCACUUGAGAUUUGUGAUCCGGAUGGUGAAAACUGACCAUACUGUUUUACUUUAGGUACUUCAGCAAACUGGAUAUAUCGCUGUACCUUUGGCAUUGCUUGUAGUGAUAUACUUUGUCCUUCAUAGGAAAUACUGACUGUGUCAGAUGGAGAUUCUCUUUUGGACACUACAACAGGAGUAGCCACUUUGGGUGUCGAAUCACUUGAGAUUUGUGAUUCGGAUGGUAAAAAUUGACCAUACUGUUUUACUUUAGGUACUUCAGCAAACUGGACAUAUCUCUGUACCUUUGGCAUUGCUUGCAGUGAUACACUUUGUCCUUCAUAGGAAAUACUGAUUGUGUCAGAUGGAGAUUCUCUUUUUGACACUACAACAGGAGUAGUCACUUUGGGUGUCAGGUGGUCACUUGAGAUUUGUGAUUCGGAUGGUAAAAAUUGACCAUACUGUUUUACUUUAGGUACUUCAGCAAACUGGAUAUGUCUCUGUACCUUUGGCAUUGCUUGUAGUGAUAUACUUUGUCCUUCAUAGGAAAUACUGACUGGGUCAGAUGGAGAUUCUGUUUUGGACACUACCACAGAUGGUGAAAACUGAACAUACCGUUUUACUUUGGGUAGGUCAUCCAAGGAUGCAUCAAUCUUGGCAAAGAAAUUAUCCUCAGGAGAGAAUUUCUUUGAUUCAGUUUUCACAACUUCAGUAGGGAUGAUUUUUUCAGUGGAACGAGGUGGAGGUUGAAUUGGAGGAUAUGACUGACUUUGUGAGAAAUGAAGAUAUCUCUUUACUCGUGUAAUUGGAUCCAAGGUUUGAUCAAUCUUUCCAAAGAUACUGUCAUCAAUAGAUGAACUCACAUGAGACUCGCCUGAUUCGGAUAUUCUGUCUACUUCAGAUAUGGACUUCUGUUGAUGUGGAGAUUUGGGCUCGGACAUCGAGAACCGAAUAGAAUUUUUCAGCUUUGGUUGUCCGUCAAAGGCUUGUCCUAUUGUUACAAAGAAAUUUUCAUUUGUGGUGGGGCCGACAGUUUCUGAAGGUGUUAUGGGCUGUUUUUUGAAAGAUAACCCUAAGGAGCCCCCAGUUCCUUUACUGUUUGUGGUUGCUGUAUCAGGUUCUGGCUGGACGGCUUUCUUAGUUUCAGACCCACUUCGGUUAAACAGCCGUGCACUUAGUCCACUAAGACCUUUAAAUAUCCCUCUUUCUUUUUCUUUACUGCUCUUGACCUCUAUAUCUGUACUGCUUGAGGAGUUGUCAUAGUCCAUAUUAAGAAGGCUUUCUGGGCUUUUGACCGCUAUUGCAUCAGUGGUAGAAUCCUUAUCUUCUAAUCUUAUCUCAAGACUCCUGGGGUAUUCUCCUUGUUCAUCUUCAUCUUCUUUACUACUAGUAAGUGAUACAUCUUCCAUCAGGCUGGUGGCCUUUUGACUGGUCCUGUAAACAGGAUGCACAUGAUAUUGUGCAGGUUCAUCUUCAUAAUCACUAUUUGAGGAAGGAUAGGAUUCUUUGUACUCAGUAAACAGCUCAUCAUCAAAACUGUCCCCUUGAGUGUAAGUCAUGUGUAUGUCUGUUGGGUCCAGGGUAAUAGUGUCAUGUCUUUUGCCUGUUUUUGGGUUUUUAUUUUGGAUAUCUACUUCAGAAUCGGAAAAUCUGUUUUCAUCGUAGUUGAUGUCAUCAUUUUCUGAGUAGGAAAUCUGUGUUUCUAAUUCUUCAUCAUCCUCUGGGUUGACUUUGUGUUCUGUGGGUCCUCCUUCACUUUCUCCACUUUUACUUGAGUUACAGGAGCUUGGUCUAUCGGACAGUUCAUCUACAGACAUUUCUUUUUUAAUAUUUGGAUAACCAAGAGCAGCAACAUGUGAAACACGACUACUUGAUCUUGGAGAGCCCUCAGUGAAUGAAAAACUCUCUCCACUGUCAUUCCAUAAAUCUGGGUCCAGUUCAUCCACACUCUCUUCCUUCGAUUCGGACAUCUUCAAUGGAAAUGGGUCAGUAAUAAAUCCUGGUAUUGUUGCCUGCUGGUCGGUGCUGGUUUGUUCAUCUUCUUUGUUAUAUAUGCUGACUGUAGGGGAAUCUACACUUUGCUCAAUUGACUCUUUUAUCUCAUAAGAUUCUUGCUGUUCACCUGAGAGAGAGGAUGUGGGUGAAAUACUCUGGUCAAAUUCUGCAGUGUCUUCUGGGUCUGGGAUAUAUUCAAACUGCAUUCCUUUGCUACUUUCUGCAGUUAGGUUCUCAUAAGCUGUUGGGCUUGUCAUUUCUUUGUUUUCCUCUCUUAGUGGCACUUCUUUGUGCACUGCAACAUCUGUAUUGCUCCCAGAUGAAUUGCCUUCUACAGUGACAUAAUAUGGAACACCUCCUUGUUCAUGUAUUUCUGUAACCCCUCCAAAUGUCACUCUUGGACCUUCGUGCACUUCUUGUUCUUGGUCAUCUGUAUCUGUAUAGCCUUCGUUCACAUAUGGCCUCUGUGCAGUCGAGGAAGUCCGUGAGUUUGGAGGUGAUGUAGUAGACUUUCUCUUGCUUCGUAUUUGUUUGUAGCAUUUUUCCAGAAAUGGUCUUAAAACAACACCAAGUACAAAGGCCACAAUGAAUGUGAUGAUGACAGACAGAGAGACAGCUAAUGCAAACUGAGAUUGUUGGACAGCUCUUACAACUGGCACAUUCCUCUGUAUAUUGUCUUUAUCCACUGAGUUAAGUGCAAAUGAACCAAUUUGUGCUUCUCGGCGCAGUCUUCUAUCAUGAGCUCUUUUACGAACAUGUAGGCUGAAAACUGACACAUGCUCCUCCUGAUAUCCUGAGAUGCAGACAUAAAGUCCUGCAUCACGUUCUGUGGCUUUACUUAUAUGAAGGAAUCUUUGGCUGUCAGAGAUUUGGCCAUGGGGUGUCCACCAAUGAGUGUGCAUGAAAUCUGGAAAAAAAUAAAUAUAAUUUCAUAAUUAUGACCAAUAUACUAUGAGGGCUGUUAGUAAGCAGUACUGAUAUAUGAACAAUAGAACAUUAGAUGCCAUGUGAACAACUGAAUUAGUACCUUGGUUGGCAGUGCUACAGGAAAGAAUAAAUUCCAUCCCCUCAUCUACAGUCACCUCUUUUUUGACACCAGGUGUGCUAUAUACAGGUUGUGGGCAGGCAAGAUCUGAUUCCUCCAAGUACAGCAAGCUCUUUCCAGCAUGAUGAGGGGGAGAGAAACACACCACUUCCCAUGCAGGAUUUCCCAGUUCACUGUCAAAGCUGAGCCAUCUUCUUAUGGUCUUUAAGUUACAGUCACAGCUCCACCUAUUUCCGGAAAUAUCCACCAACACGUUUAAGUUCCGUAGAGACAGGUAGGCUGGGACAGGUAUGGUGGCCAGCAGGUUAUAGCUCACAUCAAGGACCUAGGUGAUAUAAUGGACACAUUAGCUAUUAAUUUGGUCUCCACAAAAUAUUUCAAAUAGAUUACAAGACAUGGUUUGUUACUUUUAGUUCUUGCAGGUCUUUAAAGGCUUCUGGGUGGAUGGUGUUAAUGAGGUUAUACUGAAGGUGAAGCUCAUUCAAGUGAGUACAACCAGCCAAGUCUGCAGGACCAAUCUCAGAGAUUCUGUUGUGGGAGAGCUGGAGCACCUUUAGGGAUUUAAUAUUUCCCAGUCCUAGAAUGGAGAAGUGAGAUUGACAUCUGAUUUUUUAUGUUUAGCAUACAUGUCUUUAUAUCUUCUGUGAAAUGACUAAAUGUGUCUUGUGUGGCACUGUAGAGUUGAGAUCCUCAAAUCCUCCUUUUGCCCUUGGAAUAUUCUUGUUAUGGCUUUACUCAUUUGAUGGUCAUGUCAGCAAAUAUGGUUUUACUUUGCGUUUAUGCACGACUGCUUGUAGUUUUUGUUCUGUCACUAUAGAUGGGUGCAUUAUAACGCAAACCUUCUGUGCUGUACCACUGUCUAUGACCACGACUACAUUUUAUCAAUACAUCCUGCCAUUUUUCACAGUAAAAAAGAUUUACAGUGUUAUACAUUGCAGGAUUUGACUGUAAUGUCAGAUGAAAGGUUAUCUAAGCUUGUACUACCACAAUCACAAGUCAUACAGUGAGAGAAAUUUAGGUAACACUUUAUUAGAAAAAUAUCUGCUUUGGGCCUUAAUAUCUCCGUUAUAAACUCCGACUCAUUCCCACAGAACACAUGCCAUUAAAAACUGGGUUUAUGAGAUACAAGACAUGCUGUGACACCUAGGACCAAAGGUAAUAAAUCCUUCCUUAAUAAAUUUCUUGCUUUUUAAAAAAUAAUUUUCCUCCUUUUCAAAAUGUAUGCACAGCAUUAUGAAGUGACAUCAUGUACCAAUUUUCUUGAAAUUAAAAAAAUGUAAUCAAAAUGAAUAAAACCGAUCCCCCUAUUUUCAUCUCUUCAGAUUUAUACACGGUUCUCAUACAUGGAAAUAAGGCUGUUUUCCACCCCACAUUUUUAACUAAUAGCACCAUAUUAAUGUUAGUCAUUUUUUUGGCGCAAAGGAGUACAUUAAUUAAACAUGAACAUCGUCACAGUUCUGAGAAUUGUGUAGUGAAAUAUAAAUAUAAUAGGGUAGCGAUUUAUAAUUACUGUGUAUAAGAGUAAUCUUAAGUGUUUGCUUUGUUGGUACUCAGAAUAAUCAUCUGCUCUACUGUUAAUACAGAUAGCUGCUUCUGUGUCCUCAUUUAUAGAUUUAUACUGUAUUUUGAGGUAGACUCUGGUGCAGCAGUGUUUCUGUGCAGAAAUUAAUGUUUUGGCUGUCAGUGCAUGAAAAAGAGAUGCUUUUAUUUUGAGAGCUGUAUUGACUGCUGAGCAGAACUGAGAACUGGUCAGGGGUUUAUUGGAGAAGAGUAGAAAGUCUUGUGCACACACACACACACACUCAAAAACAGCUAAAAGCUCACUGCCUCUGGGAAAAGCCGAGUUAUACCCCAGACCUCUUACAGGAUGUUUCCCAAAAACAUGAUGGUUAUGGGAUCAUUUUGGCACACUUCUUGUCGUUUAGACUGUUGUCGUCUCUUUUAAUGUCUCGAAGUUGUGAAAGCUGAUCCUGAUCUUGCCAAUAGGGAUGGAAAGCAACCAAAGCCCUUUGGCAUUAAUUAAGAGUCGUGUGGAAAAACAGACAGAACUCACCAGAGACACCAAAUGAAACCUUUGCAGAAAAUAGAAAAUAAACCCAUAUAUUGUGGAAAAUAAUUUGGGGAAACACCUGUCUGACACAGAAACAAAAUCGUAAAAUAUUGCUUUUAUAUAAUAAUCCUUGUUAUUGAAUUGAUGUAGUAAUGAUUAAAACUGUAACUGUGAACGGUGCCAAAUUGUAUGUUUAGUUCCCGGCACUGUCUACUACUGUACCUUAUUGCUCCAGUUAACCAUUUUAAACCUCCCAUAACCCAUCAGACACUCCAGAUUUAUAUUCCUCCCACUUAAACUAUAUCUCUAUGCCAUUUCUGAUAGUUUCACUGUUGUUAUUGAAUAAUUCAUUGUAGCUACUAGGAGUUAAUUUGUGUGAGUGGGAGCAACAACACAUAAAUUAAACAUUUAUGACCCUUCUUACUUCCUUAAUCCUGAUUUAAAAACCUGGUUAUUACUGAAAAUAUGCUUAUUAGAACAAAUAAAUAAAGAUGAGGCACAAUUCAGUUAUCCAGUGUUUGUGAUCAGGUUCAUGUGUUAAAGCUGUAUGUAAUGAUGUCAGUUAACUCCUAAACCAAUUAUUCCUGUUGGUAAUGUUGGGAUUCUUUGGUUUUCUAUUAGAUUAUGUAAAAAUUAGAGAUAUUCUCCAAUGAUGCUAAUAAACAUUGAAUAGUUCUAUACUACAUAAGCCCAUCUUUAUCUAUACCUCAAAAGGGAAAGAAGUAAUGUUCCACUUUGCCUGGGACGCACCCAUGUGAACACAUGUAUAACAAAAAGAACAUGAGCAAUACCGAGACAAAGAUAACCAUGGAAUGUGAUGAGAUGCAUAUCUUUUCUUUAUAGCCCCUUAUAAAUCACUGAAAUGAUUGUGCCCAGCCCUUUAACACUGCAUGGGAGAGGGGUGUUCUCACUGGUUAAACAACAUGAAGUGAUUCGCAUUACAGAAGAAAGGCCUAACAAUGAGAUGAACAACUUAAAUUAGUUUUUUAGAAUUUCUGUUUGUAUGUGCUAAUGACAGAGACACUCAAACAUUAUGCUUCAGUGUAAAUCAACCCCACAAACACCACAGUCCAGCUCUGACACAUAGAAACUACUGUAUAUGUUUUAGAAAAGGGCUUUACUGAUAUACGCCACCUUGCCUUCCAGUUAUUAAAACUGGCUUAUGAGCUGCUGUACUGUUUAUCUGACAAUAUCAAUUAUUUUAGAUAUAUUUACUCACCAUUCAUUUAAUUAGGAACACCUAAGGUACAAAUCCAUCCAGUUAUCCUUUCAGCCAAUCACGUAGCAGCAGCAUAAUGCAUAAUAUUAUUAUGCAGACACAGGUCAAGAGCUUUAGUUAUUCUGAUGUUUGAUGUGAACAUUAAUCAAAGCUCUUGACCUGAAUUCGCAUAAUAUUAUACAUUGCGCUUCUAAUAAACUGACUGUAUUAUAACUAUUACAAUACAGCUGAAUUACUAGAAACCUGUUGAAUUUUAGAUUUUGACUGGUCAAAAGAUGAAUAAUCUUCUAUAACAGCAGCUCUAGCAACUGCAAGGCAAAUAGUUAUUUUAUUUUUUAGAAGAGGAUUGUUUUCAUGUAUUUUUAAAGGUUUACAUUAAUGUACAUGUUCUAACAGAAACAGCUCACUCACUAUUAUUCUAAUUAACUUGAGAGAGAGAGAGACUGGUAAAGGUACUGUUUAUAGCUUUAUGUAUAUGUUAUUCUUUAAUAAAUAUUAAGAUGUAAUUUUUGGAAAAGGUGUAAGAGGAAUAAAACACUUUGAGCCAUGCUGUUUUAGGAGAGUAUUGAACUUCGGGAUUUAAUCACACUGGGUCACACCACCCCACCGGUCCCUGAUUAUUUUCCUAUAAAAGCAUGUCUCAUCAUAUUUAAUUCCACGCUUACUAAGUGGAAAUGACAUCACUGUUGCCAGAGUGGCACAGAUUUUUGGACCUGAUAAGGUUUCUGAAAUAUUCUGGGUGUGCCCGUGUGUGAGCGGGUGAAGUUCUCACCUCUUGGCAGACAUUUUAGCUGGUUUCUGUCAGCAGACAGUGACUGUAGAUCAGGUGCCCAGGACACACAUCUCUGUUUUCUUCUAGUCAGGGUCCUAGUUCCCACAAUUCCUUGGCUCCCUGAACACAUGGAUAGACUCUCCAGUGAAUUAUUUCCCACCCGCAAAUGCCAAAGCCCUGGCAAAAACAUGUGGCCUGCCCCAAGAGGAGCCAGAGUAUGUAAGGCAUUAUGGGAUAGAUCCAAGGCAGUGGUUGUUGCUGGGAUAUGUGAAGGGGCCUUGGGCAGACCCAGUGAGGCACAGUUGACGAGUAAAGUCUCUUCACAUAAGCAGGAAGCUGGACAGGCAGGGAUGGAGGAGAGGGUUUGUACCCCCCACAGCUGGAAAAACAGAACUGCAAUGCAGUGUACAAGGCUGGCCACUAACAUCACAGCAAACCCUGUAUAAUAUAGAGAUGAAAGUUUUGUACCAGGUCAGUAAGAGGUGCUGUGAUGUCAGUGUGCUUAAUACUUGAGAAAAAUUAUUGUUAAAUUAAAUGAUUUUAAUCAAGACAUCAUGUUCUUUUUAAUCACUAUAGUGAGAGGUGAUAUAUAUAUAUAUAAUGAUCAUAUAUGAAGUUUCUGUUUUCUUUUGUCAUUUUAAUGUUAAUAAUUCUUAAUGUUUGCCUUUACAAUAAAACAAUCACAAACCAAACCUCUCUUUAACCCUACAACCAUUUGUAUUAUUAGAAAAUAAAAGCAAUUUUCUUUCACUAACAGAUGUUGUGUAUAUAUUUAGGCUGUGAGAAUUUCUUUAAAAAAAAAAAAAAAAAUUAUUAAUAAAAUAUUUUUGCCUACCUCACACAGCGUUUAAAGCCACUUCAGAGACAACGCUGUAACCCUCGCUCAGUAUCGUGUCAUCCAAACACUUUUGCUUGUGACAGUGAAAUUCUUUGACUUUGUCUCGAACCCACCUAAGAUCAAAGUCUACAGUGUAUUGCUGAAGUACAUGAACACACACACGCUGUUGUAAAUAACUUACAAUCACGUGUGUAAGUUAAUUUCUUACUACGGUUUUGCUCCACCAAAGCAUUUUAAUAAUUAUAAAGUAGAGUAAAUAUAAAAUCAUAUUAGUAAAGCAAAUAAUCACCAAUCCAGAGAAGUUUUUUUAUACUCAAAUUGAUUUAUUCAAUGCAAACAUUUGAAUGAAAAAUGAAUUCCCUUUUAAACUGCAGCUGCUUGUAUGCAUGUAACACAAGUUAAUGACCAUUAGAGAAAAAAUAAAAUGCACCACGGUCAUCAUUUAAACACAUCGUUAAAAGAAAACGACAUCUUUCAAAUAAAUAUCACACAUGAAAACUACGAGCCAAAGUGUUAUUGUAUUGCACAAAAUAUCAAACAACUCAAAUACCAUAUGGUUUCUAUUUCCAUCUUAGCUGAUAGAUAUUAUUUAAAGCACAAAACAAAAAUUCUUAAAUGACCGACAAAAAUAAUUUUAUCUUUAAGUGCAUCCAUGCCCUUUUUUUUUAAAUUUAUUUAUUUAUUUAUUUAUUUUUUUGCAGCACACAAUGUUUUUAAAAUUCUAUGGCACUGUGAAUACAGUAAACCUGACCAGGCAUGACAUCUCAGAUGCACAUUAAAUCUUAAUGCCAUUCUACUAUACAUCAACCUUAUGACUGGAGGCAACAGCAGUUAAGCAGAUUAAGUGACUUAUGAGUACAGGGUUAAGCCACAUGGUGAACAGAUCAUCCCUUUUAACACAAUCUCUAUAUUGCUAAUACAUUUCGGUUUCUUGAGGAGGUGAACUGAGGUCUGUUUUAAAGUGAAUCCUGGACAACCGAGAAUCAUGAGAAAUUCGGCUGCCGACAUAGAACUAUAUAGAAAUAUCUCAGACACCCUGUGUAGUGCGUCAUGACCCACAAGGCUGCUGUCUGGAGUUUCCCUAAGAGCUUUUAUCAGUUUGCAGAUGCACCGUGUUCCAGAGAAAUAACGUGUUACAUUCAAAAACAAAACAAAAAACAAAACAAAAAAAAGAUAAUACUGCCUUUAAGAAAAAACAUCCACCAGAAAUUUUCAUCAAACCUCCAUACUGCAUGUACGGACAGCUAAAGAGCAAUCGGCUUUAAAAACAAUAAAAAUGCCAAGGUGAAUCAAUGAUAAAUCACCGGCAGCUCUUUGGCCAAGUUCUUACGUAAGAAAAAGGUGAGUGUUUGUGCAGGGUGGGGUUUAACGUUAUGAG